AUGUCGCAAUCCUCUGAAAGCAGACUGGUGACAUUUUUGAAGCCUUCAGAUAAAGCUACAGUCACAGCUAAGUUUUCAGAAAGUAUAACGAAUCAGAAUGUUGUAGAUUUUGGCAAUAUAAAUGCUCUUGUAGUACGAAUUACAAAUGAUGAAAAAUAUUGGAUUAUUGGUCUUUCGAAUGGUGCAAUUGUUCUUAUAUCAACGGAGGAAAGUGAAAGUCAGAAAAAUAACUACUUAACUUUGUGUGCUGACGGCGAGGUGCUUCCUUGCUGUGACAUACAGCCUGUUUCAUAUUCUGGCGAACAGAAUCAAGCUACCAGGCAUCUGCUGUUAGCUGCAUAUGUAUCCGGUCAUGCACGUUUAUGGCACUAUACGGCAGCUAUGAAAUCAUCACGCCUGCUGGCUACUUUUAGAGAAGAACGAAUAGGUAAUCCAUCUGAUGCUCCAUCAAGAAUUAGUUCUGAGAAACCUAUGAAUCAAAUACUUUCCAUUUCAUGUUCACAUGAUGGUAAACGGUUUAUAACUGGUGGUGACGACUGCCAUCUUCGAGUCUAUGAUUUGAAAUCUCGUACACUUUUGCGUGUAUGUAGUUCAAGUUUCUCUAAAGAGAAGAUGGAUGGACAUGUGAGGCGCAUUUGUGCAGUGAAAUAUCAUCCACGUGGAGCUGUUUAUGAAGAUUACGUUCACAUUUUCAUAACUGGCGGUUGGGAUGACACCAUACAAAUAUGGGAUGAUCGAUACUUACAUUCACUAUGGAUAUAUCAUGGUCCUCAUAUAUGUGGAUCGGAUGCCCUGGAAAUUGAGUCAGAAUCAAAUCAUAUAUUGUCAAGUUCAUGGCGUCGAGAUAAAUCGAUUCUGCAGGUAUGGAAAUUCAACGAGGAACUUAUGGCUGAAUUUUAUAAUUCAGCUGAGCAUCAAGGCGAUGAGCUGUAUAUCCCACCUGGGGUUGAAAUAGUCAAUAAACAAACAGGAGCUAUGCACUACUGUAAACCAGUCGCCGAAAUAGCUCAAGAUGGUUAUGAUGGAGCAAGUAAAGGUUAUGUGGCGAAAUGGCUUGGUCCCUAUUACAUUGGAUUUGGUGGAUCAGGUGCAAAUAUUCUAAAAAUUAUCAGUCGUCUUACACUAAAUGUAGUAGGAUCAGUGACAGAACUGACAAAUGGUGUUUAUUCUUUAGCCUGCAUUCAACCAAAUGGAAGUGACAACAACAGUAGUAGUGCUAGACGGAUGAUACAAUUUGCAUUUGCCUCUGGUACACGUGUUUAUAUUGCACAGUACGAGCAGAAAUAA